GAAACCAAGGAGUGGUCUUCUCAGAGACUGAGGUGACCGAAGGAGUGGUGUGGAAGCAAACUGAUCAUCUGAAUAACAAGGCACCAGGCCCAGAUGGUCCAUCCAGGAGUUCUGAAGGAGCUCAGAUCGGCUGGAGAGUCCGGAGCAGGGAGGGGGAGCAGGGCCAGGACCUCCGCCCCGGCUCGGCUUCGCUGAAUGGGACCCAGUCAGACGGAGGAGCCGAUCCCAGCCCAGCGCCUGCGGCAGCGUCUCUAGCCUGAGUGUCGCUGAGAGACAAUGGAGCCUGUGGACAUUGGCAGCCAAGUGCCACUGCGGCGAGGGUACCGUAUUGGUGGCAGUGGACACCAGAGGAGUGGAUGGUGGCCAGAACCUCCUUGUAACUGCAAGAGACGCACUGUCACCCUCACAGUCGCCCUCGCAAUCGUGUUCUUAGGUCUCAUCAUCGCUGUUAUUGUCCUGGCAGUGUUGCCAUCUAGGCGUCCUCCAGCUGCCCUGGGCCUCUGCUGCCCGGACAGCUGGGUUGGGUAUGGAGGGAAAUGCUACUAUUUCUCCGAGGCCGAAGGGAACUGGACCUACAGCCAGAGACACUGCUCCUCCCUCGGUGCCUCCCUGGCUGGGAUCGACACCCUGCAGGACCUGGAUUUCCUGCUGCGCUAUAAAGACAAACCCGACCACUGGAUCGGCCUCCGGAGGGACCCGGGGCAGCCCUGGAAAUGGGUCAAUGGCACCGAAUUCAACCACCUGUUUAUGAUAACAGCAGAUGGUGACUGCGUGUAUCUGAAUGACGAGAAUUGGGUCAGCAGCUCACAGUGCACCAGUGAGAGACACUGGAUCUGCAGCAAACCUGAUGCGUUUACAAAGGCAAAGGAGGCAGCAGUGGAAGGGGGCUCAUAACAAGAGUAUUAUCAAAAUUAGCCCUGGAAAAGCCUGUUCACUCCCUUCCAGGAGCCCAUUGGGUUGGAAGGGGCAGGGAGGGGGUAGGUGUGACACUGGCAGACCAGGUACCAGCUCAUGCCAAAGGCCCCAUGU